AUGCCCUUCAACCAAAAAGAGUUCAGCACCCCACCACCCCAUCCACCAGUGGGCACACCCCAAGGCUCCGAAUCAGCACUCCCCUGGUACUCAAUUGCCCCAGGGGUCUGGGAGUUCCUCUUGAAUGGAGACGCAGAACAUAAAGCCGCACUGCAAUGGUGGGAGCCAAACGCAGUCUCGGCUCAGACCGAGCCCAUCACGCAUACCUACACUGAAGAGGUUUGCACUUUGCGCGGUGGGCUGGAGGAUGUUACUCUAGGGGAGGCGUGGGGUAUUGGGGCUUAUGCUUAUCGGAAUCCUGGUAUGAAGCACGGUCCGUAUCGGGCUGCUGCUGAGGGGUGUUUGCAGUUUGUGAAGGUUGUGCCUCCUGCAAAGUAG